GAUGUUUACAGAUUAAAUUCAAGAAAACUUUACUGAGUUAAAGGAGUUGUUUACGAAGUUUCUUGUCAUCACUUCACUCAUCAUAAUGGUGAAAGCAAGAAUUUGGACUUUAGCCAAACAGCCAGUGGGUGUACCCAGGAAGGAAGACUUUUCCUGUAUCAAACAAGAAGUUUCUGAGUGCAAGAAUGGAGAUGUAAUUGUUGAGGCAGAAUUCUUGAGUGUUGACCCUUACAUGUGUUUCAUGACCAAGAAAGUCCCUUUUGGGACUCCUAUGAUCGGCACUCAAGUUUCACGGGUUAUUGAAAGUAAGAAUCCAGCCUUGCCUGUAGGCAGCUAUGUAGUUGCACAGGCAGGUUGGUGCACACAUGCUCGUCUAACUGCUAAGAGUUUCAAAAUUGACAAUUGGUUCAAACGGUCUGAGAUACUGAUUGCUUUGGAGUCUCUUCCAAGGAGCCUUGGUCUUGGAGUCAUAGGCAUGCCAGGAAAUACAGCCUAUUUUGGAUUGCUUGAGGUGUGCAAACCAAAGGCAGGGGAGACAGUGCUCGUAAAUGCUGCGGCUGGAGCUGUUGGCAGUACAGUGGUGCAGAUUGCAAAAUUGAAAGGCUGCAAAGUGAUUGCCUUUGCUGGAUCAGAUGAGAAGGUGGCCUGGCUAAAGGAACUUGGAGCUGAUCAUGCUUACAAUUAUAAAACAAGCAGUGUUACUGACUGCCUCUCGCAAGCAGCACCUGAAAAGUUAAACUGCUAUUUUGAUAAUGUUGGUGGAAAAUUUACUGCUGAAGCACUACCUCACAUGGCUGAUUAUGGGAGAGUGGCAGUGUGUGGGUCAAUUUCAAACUACACUGAUGAUCAUGACACAGAUCCAUACUGUGAUCCUGUUGUGAAAGCUAAGAAACUUCACAUUGAAGGUCUCAAUGUCAACCGCUGGUCAGACUGGACUCAAGGGUUAGAACAGAUGAAGGAGUGGGUUCUGCAGGGCAAAAUUAAGUAUAGAGAGACAGUGUAUGAUGGAUUUCAGAAAAUGCCUGAAGCAUUCAUUGGUCUUUUCUCAGGAGAUAACAUUGGCAAGGCUGUUGUUAAAGUAUGAAGAGUGGUUUUCCUAUUGACAUUGUAUGUGUUGAUGUGUAUAAUUUUUUUCUGUGGAUUGUACUCUUUUAUUUUAUGUAUUUUAAUAUUUCAAACAUUUUGGGCUGUUUUUUUUCAAAGAUGUUUUUGCUUUGUUAGAUAAAAAUAGGGAAGUUUGUUAUAGGCAAAAGGUUUUCAUUUAGUCAUACUGUUUUAGAAAGCUGUAUACAAUACAGAUGCUUUAUAUUUGUUCAUUCCCCAAAACAAAAUUUAAUGUUCACACACUCAUGCAGUGUUCAGAACUGUUUGUCCUGUGUAGACAGAUGAACAAACUAGUCAGAGAAUACAGUUGGGACUAUGUUCAGCUUCUCCAGUUGUCAAAUUUGACCUUGAUAGAACACAUUUAAUGAGUAUGGCUUAUUUGGUAGCAAAGAAGAAAGUUGAUGUUACAAUAUAAUGGCUUGUGUAAUCAAACCUGUAACAUAAUUGCCAUUCAACUGUUUUCAUAUUUCAAUAGGCUGAACAGAUUGUAAUUUAUCUUCUUGCAGUUGAUAUAUGUGAAAACACAUAUGCAUUAAAAUGACCUGUAUGUGCAGCAGUUCUUGGCUUGUAAACAGUUAACUUGGGUAAGUCCAUAGCUAUUUUCAGCAUGGAAUUCCACAUUAAGAGAAAAUUACAUAAAAAAUAGACUAUGACAUGUGCCAUGUUUGUUUACUUGCUGAGAAUGUUGGGGAUAACUGGAUGAAGACUUUGAGCAUGGAGAACUAGUCCCUCUGAGUUGCCAAGUCGUGUAUCCAAACUGGACAAGCAGUUCUAAAUUUAGCAUUAUUGACUUGUUAAAUUAUGUAUAGGGGUGCCAUAUAGAGAUGUUUAUUUCCAAUCAUAAUGAAAUGUAAUCAUUGCCUUACAUUUUCAUUUUUUAGACUAUAAAGUGCCCUAAUGAUGAAUAGGGUAUAUGAGACUUAACAUGUUCCUUGAUACCAAAGACUCCCCAAAUUAGCCUUUUUAGCUCACAGAUUUAUACUGAGUAGAUAGUAAUAAAACUAUAUUGGAUUGUUUUACUGAAUGGCUGGGAUGGCCUCUCAGAUGCAUGGUACUGCAUCUAUGCAGGUGACCCUUUUUUACUGGAUGUAGAGUUACAGAGGUUUUUCUUUUAAUCUCACUACUGUUAAGUUAUAGGAAGUUGUUCAAAACAAGGACAUUAUUACUCUGAUUUUCAACACUUUGUAUUCCCUCAAGAAGUUGUGGUUUUAAUUAAUGCCUUACAGACUCGCAGAAGGAAUGGAUUUGAUGGGACACUCUUAGUUUAAAUGAUUAAAGAUCACAUUCAUUACAGAGUGGAGGGCAGUAAAAGCACUUUACCGUCUUGGUACACCUUACCCCUUGCUCAUCACAGGAAUAUUAGUGUCUGGCAAUAGUGAAAGGGAGCCACCCUUCUGUAAGGUCUGUGUUACCAUUGAAUUCCUAUCCUUAAGAAAUGAAGUUCAUGCCUCAGAAAUUUGACUACUUCACUUCAGCUAAAUUGCAGCAGCACAAUCAGAAGCAGACAAACAAACCAGCAGUAUGAGUGUCAUGAAUUGUUUGCAUUAUUGUUGUUCUUUCUGUAAUUAUUUGCUACAGAGAUGUCCUCUGUAGUUUACACUUAAGAUUGUAUAGGUUUUGUUUUGUGUUUUCUCUUUUUUUCUGUUCUCUGAAAUUAUGUAUGAAUAAAAAAAUAUGUGAGUUUAAUGUUAAUCAAAUUGAUAAGGAUAUCAACUAAAGAAUGAGUGUAAAAUUGUAGGCUGAACAGUAGUAAUACAAGCAGAACUGGUUGCUGAACUAGAAGAAAUAUGGUGUAAUUGUGGCUGUGAGAAAUUAAGAUAAUUUAGGUGUAAGUAAUGAUGGCUGUGAUAAGCUUAAUUGGAUAAAGGAAAGAAGAGGCUUGAUCUCUGCAUUGUAGUUCAGUAAUAUUAAUACUAAAGUGGCAUGGCAGGGCUUUUAGCUCAUUAAUUGUGGCUGCUAGUUCUACUUCUCUCCCUUGUUUUAUCCUUUUUUGUGAUUUUUGGAAAGAUUAAAAAAAAAAAAUUAUUACUGUUAGUAUUUCAGAUACAUUAUAGUAAUUAUAAUGUCAAUAAUAAUAUUAAUAGCAUUCUUGGAAGGGGGAGAUCAAGUGAGAUCACAAAGGGCCUACUAAUUGACUCCUUGAUGGCUGAGCACUUGUGAAGCCAUCUACACGCAAACAAAAGGCACAAAAUAAAACUGCAGUGGAAGGUACGUGUACCCAGCACCUAUGGGUUAACAAUUAGAAAAUUCAUAAUUAAAAUAAUAGAAAAGCAGUGAUUAUAGAGAAGUUGAUUUCAUGUAGGUUAUAUGAAAUCCUUGGUCUUGGGAUUUGCACUAACCUCCUGGUGCUUAAUUUACUGCAGAUGUGAGUGAUCUUAAUUAUUGACAAAUUGCAUAUAACCGAUGAGUGAUGCAUCAUUGCAGAGGAUGGUUAAACCUAUACAGAUCUGGAUUAUUGUUUUUCUUAAAUAAAAUGAACUCAAUUUGC